AUGGUAAAAGAUGAGACGAAAACUGAGGUCUUCGACCUUUCAGUUACGAAAAGCGUACUUGUCAAUUCAACGAAAGCCAAAAAACGGCCUCAUGUAAAGAAGGAAAACAUUGUAUACGAGAAAGACUUCAGUGGCGAUCGCGACUUUUUCAUACCGCAAAAUGCCUUGGAAAGGCAUGAUACCGGUGCUGCAAAUAUUAAUCCGGAAAAUGUGAAGACUAAUUUUCAUAAAGCAAAGCUUGAAACCAAAAAGAAAAGAUUUCUGGAAAGGACAAGGGAAAUCGCACGAGCAGAGAUUCUUAACAAUGAACAUGAAGGUUUUCUUGCUGGAGAUGAGGGAGAACUUACUUAUACGAUCGAGCAAAAAGAUAUAUGCAAUGCUGUUGAUAUUGCAAGUGCAAGCAAGUACUUUGAUUUGCGGUUAGAACGUUUCGGUCCAUAUAGUGCGGAUUAUACACGUAAUGGUCGUCAUCUGUUAAUUGCUGGUAAACGUGGACAUGUUGCUGCCUUUGAUUGGCUAACUAAAACACUCCGUUGUGAAAUGAAUGUCAUGGAGGGAGUUCGAGAUGUCAAAUGGUUACAUGUUGAAACAAUGUUUGCGGUUGCUCAAAAGAGGUGGACUCAUAUUUAUGACAACACGGGUGUAGAGUUGCAUUGUUUGAAAAUUUUGCAUGAUAUCAAGCGUUUGGAAUUUCUUCCGAGACAUUUCCUUCUUGUUGCUGGGAGUAAUACAUCAUUUCUGCACUAUUUGGAUGUUUCGAUGGGUAAAAUGGUGCAAUCCUUUCCAACAAAGCAGGGACCCCUAGAUGUAAUGACACAAAAUCCAAACAACGCUAUCAUUCAUACCGGGCAUGGAAAUGGAACAGUGCAGUUAUGGUCUCCGAAUGUCAGAGAACCGUUGGUAAAAAUGCUCGCCCACCCAUGUUCGGUACGUGGUAUAGCUGUGGAAAAUAAUUAUAUGGCUACUACUGGUCUUGAUCAGAAGCUGAGAAUAUGGGAUGUACGUAAUUAUAAACAGUUGUAUGCUUAUACAUUACCGUUUGGGUUGGCCAAAGUAGCCUUCAGUCAACGCUAUACAGUUGCUUGCAGCGUUGGGAAUCAAAUUCAGGUUUUAAAUGAUGCGCAUUUGGGCACAACUACUGCGCCUUACAUGUCACAUCAGUGCACUGGAAUAAUAUCCAAUCUGAAGUUUUGUCCAUAUGAAGAUGUUCUCGGAGUCGGACAUCAACAUGGAUUCACUAGUUUGCUAGUACCGGGAAGCGGAGAACCAAACUUCAACGCACUCUUGAUAAAUCCUUAUGAAUCAAAAACUCAGCGGCGUGAGCGGGAAGUGAGGCAGCUUUUAGAUAAGAUUCAACCAGAAUUGAUCACUUUAGACACUACAGAAAUCGUUCAAGUAAAUACGGAUUUGCUUGAGAAAGAGAAUGAACGUUUAAAGUUAUUGCUCCAUACGAAACCGCGUGAAGUGAAGUUUAAACCGAAAAAUAAGAGGAAAGGAAAAGGCAGUGCUCUAAGAAAGGAGCAGGUCAAACAAGGCGUGCAAUUUGAACAGAGAUUUGCGAUAAACGAAGAGCGGAAAAAAUUAGAAGAGGAAUUUUUGGAUAAGAAAGUAGCGGAGGAUUCUCCAAAAACAGUGCUUGAUAGCGAUGAAAGAGUUGACUUCAAACUACCAAAAGAUCUAACACAAGCAAAACGACUAGGUUUGGUUCUUUCAAAGUACAAGGACAAGCAUUAUUAUACUGUCUUGUUUGGUAUAUCAAUUGUGUACAUCAUGUUACAGUCAUUAGCUAUUCCUGGUUCAAUUUUCCUCACUGUUCUCUCAGGAUAUUUAUUUUCAUUUCCAAUCGCGCUAUGUCUAGUUUGUACGUGUUCGGCCUGUGGGGCACAGAUGUGUUAUUUCUUUGCGCUUCUGUUUGGACGCGAACGAAUUUUAGCAUUUGCUCCGGAAAAAAUAAGCAAAUGGAAAAAUGAGAUUUCUGACUUUGAUAGUUUCUUUUAUUUUAUAAUUUUUUUACGAAUAACGCCACUUUUGCCGAAUUGGCUCAUAAAUCUUGCUUCGCCUAUAUUUAACGUUCCAGUGUCAGCGUUUUUUUUCGGAACAUUUUUGGGAGUAGCGCCACCGUCGUGUAUUUAUAUCCAAGCAGGUGCAACUCUUCAAAGGUUAACACAUAUGGGAGCAGCUUGGUCAUGGAGCGCCAUAUCAGUAGUAGCUUUUACUGCAAUUCUCUCUUUGGUACCCAUCUUCUAUAAACGGCUGAACAGAGGCGAUGGAAUUUCUGAUAGAUUAACAAAAAAUAUAAAAAGCUCGUAA